AUGAAAAAAAAUAACAAUAUUCUUUAAAAGAAUUUAGAAGAAGAAAACAUUCUAAAAUAGGAUGAAUUAUUAGAAAAAGUUUAAAAAAUAAAACAUGUCUCAUUAAACAUACAAACUUAUUUGAAAAAUGAGAAGCCUUAAUUAGACAAAUUGAAUAAUGAUUAUGAUAAAUCAAUUGAUAUGGUAAAAAAAUCAAUAAAUGGAAUUGGGAGUAUAAAAAAAAUUAAAUAUUUUAGAAUUAUUAAAAUCAUCAUUUGGAUAGAAUACAUGCUUUUUGAUUUGUAUUGUUUUUAUGGUGAUUUUUAUACUUUAUUUAUUGUGA